AUGGCUCAUAGCUCGCUCAACAUCCCAGACAACCUCUAUGUUGGAGGUCUCUGGGCACUCCGUCGCUCCGAUCAACUCUCUGAGAAGGGCAUUACCCAUGUGCUGUCGCUGUAUGGGUUCCCACCCGAUUCUCUCAAGAAUUUCAAAGAAGAGCCAUGGUCCGAGUACGGGAAGCAAUACCAGCACCUUCUCAUUGAUAUUGACGAUGUCGAAGAGACCGAUAUCCUAGUCGAGUUUCCGAGAGCCGUCAAGUUCAUCGACGGAGGUCUCAAAAGUGUCGGCCAAACAGGAAAACCAGGUGGUGUUUUUGUCCACUGCGCGGCGGGAAAAUCUCGCUCCGUAUCUUGCAUAAUAGCCUUCCUACUAUGGAAGUAUCCCAACAAGUUUGAUCCUUCCGCCAACUCUGGUACCACAAAGCCCCGGACGGAGACAGCUGAGGAGGCUGUCAACGCCGCUCUCACCUUGAUCCGCCAAACUCGCCCCAUGGCAGAACCUAAUGAUGGAUUCAUGGAGCAACUGCGCAUGUGGUGGACAAUGGGAUGCCCAGAAGAUCUGGAAAAACAGCCAGUAUAUCAGCGCUGGGCGUAUCAGCGGGAAGUAAGCGAGAGUCUGGGCGUCGGGCAGGCUCCGUCACGGCUCCGUUUUGAGGAUGAGCAAACCGAAAGAUUGGACACUACCGGCUCAAGCUUGCGGUGCAAGAAGUGCCGUCGUGUGCUUGCGACUGAACAGUUCAUUGCCAAACACAAAGCCAUUGAUGGCUCAGCCAGCUGCCAGCAUCUGUUCAUUGAGCCUUUGAGCUGGAUGCGCCCCGAGUUGGAGCAGGGAACACUCAACGGUCGGUUGACUUGCCCCAAUGGUCGCUGUGGCGCUACCGUUGGACGCUACGAUUGGAAAGGCUUCAAGUGUACUUGCGGUGCCUGGCUUACACCCGCAUUCUCGUUGCAGAGAGCGAAAGUUGACGAGAUUGCUGCGUCCAUAUCUGGUCCUGGCGGAAAUCUGGGCAUUCGACUUCCACCUGGGGCCGGGCGCGGUAACCUUUAA